AGCGCCAUCGCCAUGUUCGCCGUCAAGAGGAACGCCGUCAUCAGCCUCAACCUCUACUGCGGCGGCGGCCCGGCCCUGCCGCCCGCCUCGCCCGGGGGGGACCCGGCGGCUCCUCCGCCGCCGCCCGCCAGCGCCGCCGAGGUGCCCCGGGCCUUGCUCGGCUCCGGGGGGGGGCGCUGGGCCGCCGGUGGCCCCCCCGAGGCGCCCCCCUCGCCGACCGGCUGCGCCGCCCCCCCCUCGGCGGCGCGGUGGAGCCCCGAGCAGGAGCUGGACGGCUGCGAGCCCGACCUCGAUCGCGGUCCGGCCGGGGGCUCCCUGCCCUCCACGCCGCCCGGGCCCCCCGACGGGCUGCGGCAGGACUCGCUGGAGCUCAUCGGCCGCUACCUGCGAGAAGCGGCGGGCGAGGCCGAGCCGAGCGCCAAGAAGCUGUUCCCGGGGCUGCUGGGCGGGCCCGGCCGGUCGGGCGACGCCGUGAUGGAGAAGGCUCUGGAGACGCUGCGGAGGGUCGGCGACGGCAUCCUGAAGAAACACGAACUCGCCUUCCAGGGAAUGCUUCGGAAGCUGAAGAUCCAGAAAGAGGAAGACCUGCAGUCAGUGUGUGAGGUGGCUGCCCACAUGUUCAGUGACGGAGUGACAAACUGGGGUCGGGUGGUGACCCUCAUUUCCUUUGGUGCCUUCGUUGCCAAACACCUGAAGAGCAUCCAGCAGGAGCAGUGCAUCAGCUCUCUGGCUGCCAUCAUCACCGACGCUCUCGUCUCGUCCAAGCGCGAGUGGCUGACGAGCCAGGGGGGCUGGGAGGGCUUUGUGGACUUCUUUCGAGUUGAGGACAUGGAAGGCAGCGUCAGGAAGAUGCUGAUGGCACUUGCAGGCGUGGCUGGAGUGGGGGCAAGCUUGGCCUACAUGAUCCGGUGAGCCAGGGGCAGCUGCAGAGGGACAGAGCUCUGGAGUGGCCAAGCCCCGUGUGGGGCUGGCGAGCUGAGCACUUCCUCCUCUGAGUGCUGGGCAAGCUGGACUUGAGUGACCCAAGGAGAGCAUCUAGGCCUGCCCUGAGCAGUGCUUUGAAAGAAGGAAGGGUGAUGCAGUCAGAGUGUGGGUCCCGAUGAGCAUCGAGCGCUUUGGGAACAGAAAGUGGCAGAAUUCAUCUUCUGCUUCCUGCGAGAGGCUGCUGAUGGGAAGCUCAAGGUGACCACUUCAGUUUUAUCCUGGAGGCAACCUGUCUGCUUAGCAGCAAAGCCAGGGAGCAGCAGCUCCUGGGGCUGGCACAGCCACCUGCACACGGAGCAGAUGUCUCGAGGUUGUGGGUUUCUGGAAGUUGCAUCUCCUGCUGCUGGUGUCCUGCAGCUUCUCUGCUGGAGCAGAGCACUGAGUGCUGAGCAAGCCUGUGCCAGCCUUUGGGCCCUGCUGCCUGAGCACUCUUCCACCAGCCACAAAUGGGAGAGCUGUGCCAGCAGCCAAGACUUAGAACCUUCUGCCAGAGCACUGAGCCCUGCCAGGCUCUUUCCCUCUCAGCAGAGCUUUCAGCUGGGCAUUGAGCAGGAGAGGAGCUCCAGGGCUGUGCCCGCAGCCCGUCCCGGUCUCAGCUAUACUGAUGGGACCCAGCACACAAAAGGCAGCUUCAAACUCAAGGGGUGGGUGGGGGGUGGGGUUGGGGAGAGUGUUACUAAGUAUGUAAAAACAACCCCAGGUGGGCUGGGGGAGCUGUAAAGAACCUGUAAAUAUCUAUACAGCUGUAGAAUAUGUACAUUUUUACAGAGCUAAUAAUACAAAAAGGAAAACAAACAGAGCUGCUCCUGGGUGCCCUGCACUUGGCUCCUCAUGAGGAGCAGCAUUGCCCUUUGUGGCAAAGCCUUCUCCUGCCUUGACUCCACACAAGCCUUUCUCUGGUGUACUUGAGCAACGUUGCUGGGGUGCUCAGCAAGGAUCAGAGGCCUCUCGUCCUGCCCACGGCUUGCUGGCAACAGUUGAUGUUUGGUUUGGUUUUAAUCUUGGUUUUAUUUCUUGGGGGGGGGGGGGGUUUAUUGUAGCUCUUCUGAGGGCUGGGGGAGCUGUGGAAGUUGGCAUCCAUCGCUUCCUUCUCUUGGUUUUGAGCCUCUGAGCCAACCGAAGCUGAUGUUUGAAUGUAAACCUUCUGGAGCAGAAUAAAACUCAGCUUGGAGCUGCAGCCUUGUGCAAGUGCCCCUCGGUGCCAGCCUUAGGCUUGGUCCUUGCUUCCCCCCAGCUGCUCCUGGGUGGGUUUGCAGCACUUCUGGCUGUGGGAAUCCGAUUGGCUCUUUGGAGGGGGCAGCUCCACUCGGUGGGACUGCAUUCUGCAGAGGGAGGAACAGCCUCAGCCGUGGUGCUUGACCUGCAGCCUGAGGGGUGCCUGAUGGAGACCCAGGCUCAGGGUGGUGCUAUUGUCAGGCCUGCUCACUUGCUGAACCAGCCUCGGUUUUGUCAAUAAAUGUCUUUUGUUCUCA